UGAUCGACCUCUUUCACCGAGUGGUCUACCACUUGAGUCAACCGGUCUAGCUUUCGGAAAAGGGUCGACCUGAUGACACACUUACCUUCAAGUGGUCGACCUCUUCCCCCAAAUUAGGGAUGGCAAUUCUAGCCUGGCCCGACAAUUUGGACCUGACCCGGCCUGUUUUGGGGCAAGUCAAACCCGACCCGCCUCGCCUCUUAGCAAGGUCUUGGCCCGACCCACUCAUGGGUCAGGUCAGGUCUGGGUAGCACCCUAGCCCGGCCCGAACCCGGCCCGACCCGACCCGUCGAUAUAUGGACUAUAAAAAUAUAUACAGAGGAGGAGAGGUUCUUUAAUCCUUCACGCAAUGCUUCACUUUCCCUUCCCGAAAAGUCCUUUCCCGAGAAGCGAUUCUCGAGCCUUCCUCUCAAACUCCAUCCUUUUGCAAGACAACCACCAUAAUCAUGCUUUACAUUUUCCUCUCGUCGCCUCGUCUUCUCCCUCUCCAUAAUUUCAGUUUGAUUUUCGUAUACGUAGAUGUAGAUGACAAAGGAUGAGAUUUGAGAGUAGAGACAUCCACCCUAUCGCCAAAGUAGAGACAUCGAGUCAAACCCUCGUCCUGCAGUUGGUUACAAGGAAUUAAUUGCUUUCUUGUGUGUGUGUCCAAUUGCAUGUAUAUUUGUAAUCAACCUAUGGCUAUGAACAUGAUUAAGCAAUUUUAGUUCUUAUUCUUUGUUGGGUUUGAGCUCACACAAUCCCAUAUUUUCUACUUGUUGCCAUCGUGUUUAGAGAGGAAUUUCUAAUUAAAGGAGGGAUUGAAGUUUGGAAAAACUUCAAUCUUUCUGAUGUAGUCUCGGUUUCAUUAUGAAUCAAAGAAGCUUCAGUAGAAAUAGAUGUUUGGGGUCUCAAAGGGGGCGUCCUUUGAAUUGAUUUGUUCAUUCAUUGGGAACAACCGAUCCAGAUCUCCUUCAAUUUGGUUUCCACUAUCUGCUGCAAUGUUUGGUGUUUGCAGAUUGUAGCUACGGUGCUCCACUAGUCGAAGUAGGUGGAUCGGUACACAAAGUUCAGUCCCCAAUAUGGUAUCAUUUUGAUGCAUGGUGAUGCAGCAUGCAACAAGUCUCAAUAGUGAUGAAUUGAAGUCAGGAGCAGCUUGGAGAAAUUGAGACCUGGCUUGCGAGAUUGCAAGUCUUCUAGAACUGAAGUUAUGAUAUUGCAACAGUACCGAAGAUGUAAUUUAAGUAGGGUUUUGUGUUUAAUUUUUUUUUUCUUCAACACUUUGAGAUGCAAAGCUUGUUGAGUGGAUUGAAUAUCUAUGUUUUGCAGGCAAUAUGGGUGAUUGUGCUGUAUAUUUUCAUUUGUUACUUGCUUUGUACAAGAAACUUUGGUUUGUAUUUUGAUUUUGGUGUUUAGUCGGACAAACCAGAGCUUGUUUCAAUUGUUAGAAACGGUAUUGAUGGGUCAGGGCGGGUACUACCCGCCCCGAGCGGGGCAGUUCAUGGGUCAUUGAAUGCAGGCCCGUGUCGGGCCUUGGGGCAGGUCGGGUCAAAUGCAAGGCCCAAGGCGGGUCAAAUUUUUAAAGUGCAGGGUAGGUCCAGGUAUGAUACCCGACCUGUCAUGGAACCAUUGUCAUCCCUACCAUUGGGGUAGAGAUGGCAAUAGGUCGGAUAGUGAAACGGGUAGAAAGUACAUGUCCGUUACCCUAUCCAAAGUAGUUCGGGUUUUACCCAUACCCACUUGUGAAAUGGGUAGAAAAUUAAAACUAUGCCCAUACCCGUUCGGGUUUCGGGUAUCCGCAGUUAUCCAUGGGUAAUGAUUUUUCUUCAUAACUAUAACCAAUAUGUUAACAUUCACACGUAUUCUCACAUUACGUAAGAAGAAAGUACAACAAUAGUUCACUAGAAUGAAGAAAAUUAAUUAAAACAACACAAUUGCAUGAAAAUAUUAUAUUUAUAUGAUAAAUAUAAAAUAUGUUAGAGAAAAAAAUGUUUAUUUCUAGACAGAAUACAUAUGCAUGUGUAUAAUCGGAAGGGGUUCGGGUUGGAUAGUGAGAAACCCAUGCCCACUGAUUACCCGCAAUAUGCGGGUUUAGAUUUUACCCAUACCCACUAAAUGUCCUUCGGGUUCGGGUUCUACCCUACCCGAUUAGGCUGGAUUCGGGCGGAUAUCCACGGUUACGGAUAUUUUUGCCAUCCCUACCAAAUGGUCGACCACUUUCACCAAGUGGUCCACCACUCGAGUUAAAUGUUCUACCGCUUCCGAAAAUGGGUCGACCUGAUGCCACACUUACCUUCAAGUGGUCAACCUCUUCUACCAAGUGGUCAACAGUUACUGUCCAAGAAAAUAGUCUACCACUUCCACUAAGUGGUCUACCACUUGAGGCAACCGGUCUAUCGCUCCCAGCAAUCGGUCAACCUAUGACACACUUACUUUCAACUUACACCUGCUUGUUGGAGGAGGUAGAUCGCUUGUGCCAAAACAGCCUACCGACAUGUUGGGUGUCACAGAGAUGGGGAUACCACAUAAACCGCAGGACCCCCUUGCGGUUCUUUAUUAGCAAAUCAGACCGUAGGGGUUAGUGGUGGUUCCUCCUUUUGUCAACACAGAAACCGCAGGGGUGUCCCAUGGUUCUGUCUAGGUCAGCCAUAAAACUGCAGCUGCCCCCUACGAUUCUUUACACUAAUUUAUUUGUAAACCGCCACAAAGUAACGCGAUUCUUUUGAAACGGUGGUAUAGAAGGAUUUUUUUUUUGGAAAUGAUGAUAUUUUUUAAAUUUUUAUAGUUUUUGGAGGGUAUAUUGGGAGAAAUUCCUUGAAUUUAUCCAACCAAACUCAACCCACUUUUAUCUUCCUCUCCCUCUCACCUAUCCCUGCCCUCUCUCUUUUUCCUUUUACUUCGUCUUCUCUACCGUCGCAAUGUCGACUCACCAGAAUCCAUCUCCCACUUCCAACACUCGCUACGCAGCUCACAAUCGUCAUCUCCAAAGCCCAACCCGGUCCUCAAAAUCAUAGUCCAAAUUACCUAUGGAACAUUAUCCUAUCUUACUGCUCAGCCGAGGAAAUCCUCCUUUCGAAAUCAACGGUUUCUCUCGUCAAACACACAGUCAACAAGCCCGUCGUGCGAUAAUCUUAUACCCAUCUCGGACGCUUCUUUUCACGAGCUUGCUCAUCUCCUCAUUCUCAAUCCACCACACUUUCGCAUUUCCAUUAUGUGAGAACUUUUGAGAAUACUGAAAUAUGUGGAUUUUUCCAUUUAUCAAGCCAAUUGCUCAUCUGGAUGCUCUUUAGUCGCUUCUCCUGAAUUCAUCUCCUCCUUCAACUACGGUGACAAACUGGCGAUGGUCGGGUGGUCCCUCUGUACCGCCGUCGUGUGCGAGGUCAUCUCCUAUGUUCGAAGGUAAAGGCGUCGAAAAGCUGCCUUUUGCUUGUGAAGAAGAUAAGCCACAAGGAUUUGCAAGGCAACGACCCGACAUAUUGUUCCAUGGCGAGGAGCUACUGUCGCUGAAUUGUUCCCUAUGCCCGAUCUCAAAACCAAUUGAUCGGGUUCGUUUAGCCCAACAAGUCUAGGUCGUUGGCCAUUAUCAAUUGGGGGUAGUCUUCAGGUCGGGUGGGUUGAGUGUGAUUCGAUUGGGUUUAAUUUGGUUUGGUUCGUUGAAUUUUUUAUUAGUUUUUUUGGUAACGUGGCGUGCUGACUGUAUUGAGGUACCAAAUUUUAGAAUGGAGAUGGACGAAAUAACAUUUUUGUUAUUCGUCCAAACGUGUAUUAUUGAACGGGUACAAUUAAAAUUUUAUGAUCAUUUUAUACUAAGUGAUAAAUUGUUUGAUGGUUUAUAAUAAUUAAAUUUCUUAGCGGGCUAGAAAGCCAAUUCUAAGUUCUAACCCCAUUGCCCCAAAAUUUUCGCGCUACGCAAGACUCGACCCCGCUUCUUUCAUUUUGAGUUGCGGUUGGCUUUCCCAUCGGAUGUCAGCCUAAGUUAUUCUGCUAACUGCAUAAGUUGUUAGUAUAUACUAACUAAUAUCCAAAAUGUAUGAACUAGUAUCCAAGUCUGAUGAUUUUACUAAAGUAUCUAGAUAGCACAAACUAUUAUUCAAAACAUCACAAACUAGUAUCCAGAUAGCAGAUACCAACUAAUAUCCACAAUCAACCAACUAGUAUUCAAUAUGGAUACUCUUAUGUGUUAUCUGGAUACUCUUAUAUGUGAUCUGGAUAAUAAUUAUGUGCUGUAUGGAUACUAUUCUGUGUUGUCUAGAUAUUAGUUUGUGAAUUUGGGAUAAUAGUUGAUUCAUGGUGGAUAUUAGUUAGCAAAUCUUGAAUACUAGUCUGUGCUCUCUAGAUACUUUAGUACUUGGAUACUAGUUCAUGUAUUUUGGAUAUAAGUUAGUAUCUUCUAACGAAUCUUCAAGUUAGCAGAUUAACUUUCCCCGUCGGAUGUUCCUUCCACCCUCCGCAUUCCGCCUCCAUCUAACUUGUCUCCUCUCCCUCGAGUCGAGACGAUCUCAUCUCAUCUCAGCACCCACUGAUGGCGAAACCCGCCGGAGCCACUCUCAUCCAAACUCUUCGUCGCUACGUUAAAAAGCCAUGGGAGAUAACGGGACCAUGCGCGGACCGGGAAUACAGGCAUGCCAUCCCGAAAUCGACCGAGUACCGCCUUGAAUGUCCUGCCACAACCAAGCUGAAGGCAAUCGUGCCCACCUCCGACCCUGAAGCCGUUUUCGACAUCAAGCGCACGGUUUUGAAGAAGGCCAAUGUGGUGAAGAUGAUGAAGGAGCAGGCGUUCAAGGUUGUAGAUCUCCCUCUUGUUUAUUUGGCCGGAGCGGUUGAGGAGGAUAUCAAUACCCGUGGUGGUGGCUACCAGAAAUGACGAAAGAGGUAAGUAAAAUGAUCGUUUUGAAAUUUCUCGGAUUCCGUUGAUUGUUAGGUUUGUCUGUAGUCUCCGAGCAAUGAUCAAUGCUCGAAUGUUUCUAAGUUUUAUUUAAGGGAACGAUCUGUUCGUUGAAAGUUGCUACUUCGUGAAUUUUCAUCUGGCGGUAGUGCCGCCAAAAGUUCUAAGAGAUCAAUGUUAUGUCCUUUUUUGUGUUCAAAUAUGUGUGUUCAUCGUUUCAAUAACUGCCUUGCGAUUCUCGAGCAAUACUAGUGGUAUCCAUUUGAAGACAUGUUGAUGUUUUCUACCCUCUGAUUAUAAUUCUUAGCAACUGGUGUCAAUCAAUCAUAGUUGGAAGGUCUCGGUUGAUUCAUUGAGGAGAACUUCUGCUAUAUCCUUUGUGCAAUUUAGUGUAUUCCAUAUGAUAAACCGAUAAGUGUGAAUGAAUUCUCGUGAUUAAC